CUUUGGCUGGGCGUGGGCCUGUGCGUGUGGCCCCUAGUCGAGUACAGCAUCCACCGCUGGCUGUUCCACGCAUGCCCGCCGUCCGCCUCACGGCUACUCAUCACGCUGCACUUCGGCGUACACGGCCUCCAUCACAAGGCUCCCUUCGACACGCGUCGCCUGCUCUUUCCGCCCGCGCCGGCGCUCUCUCUUGCCGCCUUGGCGUACCUCGUGGUGCGGACGGCGUCUUCCGCCUCCUUGGCGGCGGCUGUUGCCGCCCCUCUGGCCACGGCUGUACUGGCGGGCGCCCUCACCGGCUUCCUCGGCUACGAUCUGACGCACUUCUAUCUGCAUACGGGAUCGCCCGCACCUGGGUCACGGUUGUACCGCCUCAAGCGACGCCAUAACCAGCAUCAUUUCGCCCAGUUUGAUCGCGGUAAUUACUAAAAAAAAGACAUCAUAGACCUA